CGCCCUCCCGCUGCCGGCGUCGAGGCGAGAGACCCCCGCGGAGCCCCGGAGCGCGGCGGGGGGAGCUCCCCCGGCAGGGGCGGGGAGACGGGCGGGGAGCAGCGCCCGAGCAGCGGGGGGGGCCGGAGCGGGGGCCCGAGCCAUCAGGAUGUUCCCGCAGGGACGGCACCCGGCUCCCCUCCAGCCCGGGCAGCCCUUCAAGUUCUCGGUCCUGGAAAUCUGCGACCGCAUCAAGGAGGAAUUCCAGUUCCUGCAGGCCCAGUACCACAGCCUGAAGCUGGAAUGUGAGAAGCUGGUGAGUGAGAAGACGGAGAUGCAGAGACAUUAUGUCAUGUACUAUGAGAUGUCCUAUGGGCUGAACAUUGAAAUGCACAAGCAGGCAGAGAUUGUCAAGAGACUGAGUGCCAUCUGUGCCCAGAUUAUACCCUUCCUGACGCAGGAGCACCAGCAGCAGGUCCUGCAGGCUGUGGAACGAGCCAAGCAGGUGACCAUGGGGGAGCUCAACAGCAUCGUUGGGCAGCAGCAGCAGCUUCAGCACCUCUCCCACCACACAUCCCCCAUCUCGCUGACACCUCACCCCUCCAGCAUGCAUCCUCCUGGCCUGAGCAGCACCUCAGGGCUCCUGGCCCUCUCAGGGGCUCUGAUGGCACAGGCUCAGCUGGCCACCAAGGAGGACAGAGUGGCUCAGGAUGGGGAGAGCAGAGAGCGCUCUCCGAGCCGGAGUGGUUCUGCUUCCCCUCCUGAGAGCCUGCAGGACGAGGAGCGGCCGGGGGGCACCACUGGGCUGAAGAGGAAGAGGGAGGAGAAGGACCCCGCGGGGCAUUAUGACAGCGAUGGGGACAAGAGUGACUACAACCUGGUGGUGGAUGAGGACCCCACCUCCGAGCCUGGCAGCCCCAGCCAUGUGCCCAGCAGCCGCCUGCCGCCGGCACGCCGGGAGGUGCCCGAGAGCCCAGCCUCUGCCAGCUCCAGCCGCAGCACCACACCGCCCAAAGCCAAGGACCAGGCUCUGCCUGACCCUGCAGCCAGCACUGCCAGCUCCAAGCCCUCCUCUGCCUCACCACCCCACGACUCCCUCACGCCUGGCCCCGGGCCGAGCUCAGCCACCCUGCUCCGGCAGCCCCCAGCCAAGGCACCGACCACAGACACCAUCACUCUCCGCAGCCCUCUGAGCAUGUCCAGCCCCUACUCCUCCUCCUCUUUCGGGAUGAUGUCUCCUGCCACGCUCAACGGGGAGCUGCCAGCCCCCAGUAUGUACCUGGGCAUCCACCUCUCACCACAGGUCAGCAGCGCUGUGCUGUAUGGCCGCUCCCCCAUGGUGGCUUUUGAGUCACACCCUCACCUAAGGGCUUCUACCAUCUCCUCUUCGCUCUCCAGCAUCCCCGGGGGCAAACCUGCCUACUCCUUCCACGUCAGCGCCGACGGGCAGAUGCAGCCGGUGCCCUUCCCGCCCGAUGCCCUCAUCGGCUCGGGCAUCCCCCGGCACGCUCGGCAGCUGCACACCCUGAGCCACGGCGAGGUGGUCUGCGCCGUCACCAUCAGCAGCUCCACGCAGCACGUCUACACCGGGGGCAAGGGCUGCGUGAAGGUGUGGGACGUGGGGCAGCCGGGCACCAAGACGGCCGUGGCUCAGCUGGACUGCCUGAACCGCGACAACUACAUCCGCUCCUGCAAGCUGCUGCCCGACGGCCGCAGCCUGAUCGUGGGCGGGGAGGCCAGCACCCUCUCCAUCUGGGACCUGGCAGCGCCCACGCCCCGCAUCAAGGCCGAGCUCACCUCCUCUGCCCCUGCCUGCUAUGCCCUGGCCAUCAGCCCCGACGCCAAAGUCUGCUUCUCCUGCUGCAGCGACGGCAACAUCGUGGUGUGGGACCUGCAGAACCAGACCCUGGUCAGGCAGUUCCAGGGCCACACAGAUGGUGCCAGCUGCAUUGACAUCUCUAACUAUGGCACCAAGCUGUGGACAGGAGGCCUGGACAACACCGUGCGGUGCUGGGACCUGCGGGAAGGGCGCCAGCUGCAGCAGCACGACUUCAGCUCCCAGAUCUUCUCCCUGGGCUACUGCCCGACAGGAGAGUGGUUGGCAGUGGGCAUGGAGAGCAGCAACGUGGAGAUCCUGCACGUCAGCAAACCAGACAAGUACCAGCUGCACCUCCACGAGAGCUGUGUCCUCUCCCUCAAGUUCGCCUCCUGCGGGAAGUGGUUUGUGAGCACGGGCAAGGACAACCUGCUCAACGCCUGGCGGACGCCCUAUGGAGCCAGCAUCUUCCAGUCUAAAGAAUCCUCCUCAGUGCUGAGCUGUGACAUCUCCAUCAACGACAAAUUCAUCGUUACAGGCUCUGGGGACAAGAAGGCUACAGUCUAUGAGGUGGUUUACUGAGGCCUCCUUGGGCAGCAGGGAAGGAGCCAGCCCUUGCCCAAAGCUGAUGGAGACCCAUGCUGGGGCAGCUGUCCCACAGCCCUGCUCUCCUCCUGCUCCUCACCUUCUAGCUGCCAAAAACCAAGGUCAGGGCCUCAGCUCUGCUCCCCUGCCCUGGUCACGGAGGUGAAGGGGGGAGCUGGGGCUGAGUGCUCAUGGGCACACAGUUGUGCCCUCCAACUGGGCAGAGGCCAGGCUGGGUGUCCUGUGCCCAUCAGUCAGGGCAAAAUAAGGCCAAGAGUGACUGGGAGAGUGGUGAUCCCAAAUGCCUGCUCCUGGUUUAAUGGCAGAAGCAGCUGUAAAUGAUCAAUAAAUAAAUGUAUUUAA